GGGGGAGAAGGGUUUGGGAGUUGCAUUUCCUCCCCCACCUGGAGAGAAAGUGGGAAGGGAGAGAAGGAAAAGACCUCUCGCUAUGGCUGUGAGCAGCGACUGUGCGAGCAGGGUCCGGAGCCAAGUCAGCUGGAGCUCGGGCGAGGAGAAAAACUCCCAGUCUGCAGCGGCGGCAGAGGGAGCCUUAGGCGCCGGUUGCAACGGCUGCUGUUCCUCUGCUGGGCCGGAGGAAGUGGAGAGCAGCAGCAACGAGAAGAAUGACCAUCAUCCCCAUCGGGUAGGAGGCUGGAGGAGUGGCGAAGAAGAGGCUCUUCCCAAGGUCUGGACGUUCUGCAAACUUUCCUGCGCUGUGGGCGCAGGCUCGCUGGCUCUGCUCUUGGCGCUCGGGACCCACUUGGUGCGCAGCGCCGGCGAGAAAGAGGCGGAAGGAGGAGAAGGAGGAGGAGGAGGAGAGGCCACUGAGGGCGACGGGGCGCCCGGCCCAGGUGCGAGCUGUCCCCCGAUCCCGGGCUCGGCGCUGUGCUGCCUCCUCCUGGCCGCCUAUUUCUGGCUGGGCUGGGCCUUGCUGCGCGCCGGGGUCCGCUUGCGCACGGCGGCGCUGCUCGUGGCCGCCUGCUGCGUUGGGGAAGCGCUCGCACAGCUCGCCUUGGCCCCCGGGGAGGAGCGCCUGCUCUCGCUGGCCGCCACCGGGGUGGUGCUGGGCUGCUUGGCCGGCGGGACAUGGCUGGCGCUCCGGCUCCGCCACGGCGUGCUCAUGAUCUCCUUGACUAGCGCCCUGCGGAUCGCCUCGCUCGCCUCCCUGGAGAGCAUCCGCGCGCCUUGGAGACCUUACCUGGCUUAUCUGCUCGCCUUGCUGGGCAUCCUUGGCGCAGGCUACGCGCGCCACGCCUUGCGCCGCCGCCGCGCCGCCGGGAAACAGGAGGAGGCGGAGGAGGAGGAGGAAGGCACCGAAGGGGCGGAAGGAGCGGGCUGUGGCGCUGCUGCUGCUGCCCGGCCGGCCAAGGAAGAGGUGCCGGUUUUUAAGCGCAGGAGGAGAUCCAGUUCGAUGAUCUCCGCCGAGAUGGCUGGCUGCGGCAAUAAGUCCCACCGCAGGACCUCCUUGCCUUGCAUCCCCCGAGAGCAGAUCAUGGGACAUUCUGAUUGGGAUCACAAACGAGGACCCAGAGGAUCUCAGUCUUCGGGCACUAGUAUUACAGUUGACAUUGCAGUCAUGGGAGAGGCUCACGGACUCAUUACAGACCUCCUGGCAGAUCCUUCCUUACCACCAAACGUCUGCACCUCCCUUCGGGCAGUGAGCAACCUGCUCAACACGCAGCUAACCUUCCAAGCCAUCCACAAACCGAGGAUCAACCCUUUGGCAUCUUUCAAUGAGAACUACACCUGUUCUGACUCAGAGGAAUGCUCAGAGAAGGGAGAAAAGCUGACUAUUCCCAAGCGCUUCCGGAAAAGCCUGCCCCCAGGUCUUUUGCGACGAGUGUCGUCCACUUGGACAACAACCACAUCUGCAACUGGCUUGCCCACUUUGGAGCCCGCUCCAGUGAGAAGAGACCGCAGUGCUAGCAUCAAACUUCAUGAUACUUCAUCAUCCGGCUCCGACACGUGGAACAAUUCCCUCCUGAUGAACCUCACCAAAAGCAGGUCAUUCUCCGCCUCCUAUGCAGUGUCUGCUGCAAACCAUCUGAAUUCCAAGCGGCCAAGUCGGCAAGGUAUCCCACCAAAUAUUUCGCCUCUUACCUCCCCAAGCCAUUCACCCAUCCACGGCACUCCAGCCAGCAGCCCCACCAGCAAGACCUCCAGCGAACAAUUCCCCGAGUCGACAGUCACUGCCACUAAGCAAACGCUGAAGCCCCAUAGGAUCCUGGGUUGCACCCUGAGCGCCCCUAACCUUUCGGAGCCUGUCGUGGCCACGCCUGCCAUUUGCAGCAACUGCGGCAGACCAUAUAACCCGGCAGAACCCGGCGAAGGAUCACAGAGCAGACGGGAAGGCGGAACGCACACCCUGAACAGAACAGAGGACCCAGCACAAGCCACCUCCGACUACGAAACAAACAACAGCGACAGCAGCGACAUCUUGCAGAAUGACGACGAGACGGAGUGCUCCAAGGAACGGGAGCGCGUGGGGUCCAUCUGCAGGACGUACACGCCAGAAACGAUCAUACUGCAUACUCUGUUGCCGCCUGAGGACAAGCCUAUUCUUGCCCCAGAGCCUCUAAUAAUGGACAAUUUGGACCCUCUUAUGGAGCAGCUAAACAAUUGGAAUUUCCCAAUCUUCGAUUUGGUAGAGAAGAUAGGCAAGAAAUGUGGUCGGAUCCUCAGUCAGGUGUCCUACAGGCUCUUUGAGGAUAUGGGACUAUUUGAAACCUUUAAAAUUCCCAUGAGAGAGUUUAUGAACUACUUCCAUGCUUUGGAGUGUGGAUACCGAGAGAUACCUUAUCACAACAGGAUCCAUGCCACUGAUGUUCUCCAUGCUGUUUGGUACCUUUCAACGCAGCCUAUACCAGGACUCUCAACUGUGAUUAAUGACCAUGGGUCAGCAAGCGAUUCAGAUUCUGAUAGCGGGAUCACUCACGGCCACCUGGGCUACGUCUUGUCGAAAACAUACGCACCAACAGACGAUGGCCAUGGAUGCUUGGCGGGCAACAUCCCUGCCCUCGAACUGAUGGCCCUUUAUGUGGCUGCUGCCAUGCACGAUUACGAUCACCCGGGGAGAACCAAUGCCUUCUUGGUUGCCACCAGUGCUCCUCAGGCUGUUCUGUAUAAUGACCGUUCUGUUUUGGAAAACCAUCAUGCGGCAGCUGCGUGGAACCUCUUCAUGUCCAGGCCAGAAUAUAACUUCUUAGUCAACCUCGAUCAUGUGGAGUUCAAGCACUUUCGGUUCCUUGUCAUUGAGGCAAUCUUGGCCACUGAUCUGAAGAAGCACUUUGACUUUGUAGCAAAGUUCAAUGCCAAGGUCAAUGAUGACGUUGGCAUUGAUUGGACGAACGAGAACGACCGCUUGCUGGUUUGCCAGAUGUGCAUCAAGCUGGCUGACAUCAACGGGCCUGCGAAAUGCAAAGAAUUGCACCUGCAGUGGACGGAGGGCAUUGUCAAUGAAUUUUACGAACAGGGUGACGAGGAAGCCAGUUUAGGCCUCCCCAUCAGCCCUUUCAUGGAUCGCGCCGCUCCGCAGCUUGCAAACCUCCAGGAAUCCUUCAUCUCUCACAUUGUGGGGCCGCUGUGCAAUUCCUAUGACUCAGCAGGACUGAUGCCAGGGAAGUGGGUCGAAGAUAACGAUGAGUCGGGUGAUACUGAUGAACAGGAGGAGGAAGAUGCGGCCGACAUGGACACCUAUGAAAACCCUGAGUCAAGGAAGAAGAGGAGGAAAAUCUACUGCCAAAUCACUCAGCACCUACUUGAGAACCAUCAGAUGUGGAAGAAAGUCGUUGCGGAGGAGGAACGGAAAGCCGGGGCAGAAAAGCAACCCUCCGAAGAGAUUGAGGCUAUAAAAGAGGAGGAGGAAGAAAAAGGGAAGCUCAGAGGGGAAGAAGAAUGCAAAGAGCCCGAGACAAACCAAUGACAAGGAUAGGAUGUUGAGCAGUAUUUUGAGACAAGGAUGACUUGCGCACCUGUUCCUUUUUACAAGCCAGCACAACACUUAGACACAACACUGUAGAAAUACGGGAUAAUGCACCUACAGCUGUUUAAGUUGUUUCUCUUUACCUUUAAACUCCUCCGCUCAAAGAAGCUUUCACACUGCAACACCAACUUUUACAGACUUUCGUAUGGGAUGGGAAUAUUAGCUUGGGUUUAUCAGCUUCAUUUGUUUUGUUUUCGUUUUUCUAUGAUGGCAUAUUAUGGUAACUGUGAUAAUGAAAGAGAAAAGAAGGAGGAGAGGUUUCUGCUCGCAGUGAAGGGAGUGGCAAUUGGCCUUGUUCUUUUGUCUCCAUGAUAUGGCGCCAGUAAUCUUAUCCAUGAAAUAUUGGAUCUCUUCUGCCAGUAUAGAUACACAUGUGGGGUGGUACUCAUAGCAUCACAGAACAAACGGCUGUGAUGUUGCAUUUGAGGCUGGCUGUGACACUAGAGUAUGUUAUCUCACCAUAUGUUCAUAAGGUUCCGACCCCAGAAUGUCAUGAAAAUGGCCCCUGUAUGGGGUGUAAAUUUUGCCUGCAAAUGUGACCUCCUUUUCUUUCUCAGCCUCGGGAAGCCUGUGUUAGAAGCACUCUGUCUUUCUUUUUCUUCCGCACAACUCAGAAUAAUUCAGGCAGGCAUAACCCAGGGACAGCUUUGGGCUCUGCAAAGCAAGGGCAGCCAGUGGCUGGAGUAAUCUUUUCUGCAGCUGGCUGGUAGCUCGUUUCCUAAAAGGGGCAUCCCAUUGGCAAGUUAACACUAGCUGUAUUCACACCCGCAGACUGUACAAGUUUACACUGGGUCACACAUACGCUUUGUACACGUUGCAAACAACCGACACCAGUUGCCUGCAGAAGGGAAUGCUCAUCCAA